AAGGCGUCAGAGAAAAAGUUAAGGUCGCAGCAGACAACAGUCCUAUAUCUGUAGAGUCCGGGGACUGGUGAAGAAUCUUCCUUUUUAGUUAAAAAAAACAGAACAACAAAACUCCAUAUUACAGUAAAGUGAUCAGGGGAAUAUGAGAAGUUCCAUGAGAAUACGAGGUCGUAAUUAUCGCUGUUGAAAAGGCUGGAUUCUUAAAAAUGAAUCAAAAGUUAAAGAGUCUGCAGAAGUUCGCGGUGCUUCUCUUCAUAUCUCUGUCCAUAGACGUUCAGCAGUCCGAGUCGGCGGUAUGUCAUGGUUGUGGGACUGGAUCAAAGUGUGACUGCACUGGAGUGAAAGGAGCGAGGGGUGAUAGAGGUUUCCCAGGUCAAUCAGGUCAUCCAGGUUUACCAGGAUUUCCUGGACCAGAAGGGCCAAUUGGAUCUCGUGGAGAGAAGGGUGACGAUGGACCUCCAGGACCAUCUGGACCUAAAGGAAUAAGAGGACCUCCUGGACUUCCGGGAUUUGCAGGGACACCAGGAGUUCCAGGUAUUCCAGGAUUGGAUGGGCCUCCUGGUCCAAAAGGAAUCGCAGGCUGUAAUGGAACAAAGGGUGACAGAGGAUUACCAGGAAGUCCAGGUUUCCCUGGUAUAGACGGUGCACCAGGACUACGUGGUGAGAGUGGACAGAAGGGAGAACCUGGUGAGGUCAUCAUUUCAGAAACACUGGGAACAUCAGGAGGCCCAGGAAUCUCGGGUCUGCCAGGACCUAAAGGAGAGCCAGGCCGGCCCGGGUUGCAAGGUCCUAGCGGUCCUCAGGGUCCAAGAGGUUACGAAGGGCCUCCAGGUCCUCCUGGUCUUCAAGGGCCAAAGGGAAAUAUGGGUCUGAACUUCCAAGGGCCAAAAGGAGAGAAGGGUGAAACUGGCUUACAGGGGCCUCCUGGGCCUCCAGGGCAAGUCGACCAGUUAAUAGGUGAAACAGAUGGAGUGAUUCUUCGAGGAGAGAAGGGUGACCGUGGACCACCUGGACCAACUGGAUAUCCCGGUUCUCCUGGACCACCUGGCCCAUAUGGAGGCCCAAAGGGAGAUAAGGGAGAGCCAGGAGAUUCUGGAAAGAGGGGUAAACCUGGUAAAGAUGGGGAUCCGGGGCCUCCUGGACUUCAGGGGGUACCAGGAGACCCUGGUGUACCUGGACUUCCAGGAGGAAUUGGAGAAAGAGGGGACAAAGGUGAGCGAGGAUUACCUGGACCUCCAGGCGUGGUGUUACCCUCAUCCCUGAACCAAGUAGGACCUAAAGGAGAUCCUGGGCUUACAGGAAACCCUGGAAGGAAAGGAGAGCCGGGGAUAUCUGGGGUCCCAGGACCACCAGGUCAGCCAGGUCGUCCAGGAAUUGGAAUACAAGGCCCACCUGGCCCCCCUGGUUAUCCAGGAGAAAGAGGACAAAAGGGUGAUCAAGGAUCUCCGGGAGCUUCUCUUCCAGGUUCUCCUGGCAGACCUGGACCGCAAGGUUUUCAAGGACUUCCAGGACCUCCAGGACCUCCAGGAAUAUCCACUGGUAGUGAAAACUGUCUCCCAGGACCUACUGGUCUUCCAGGCCUGAAUGGGGACCCUGGUUACCCAGGGGAGACAGGCCAGAAAGGUGAAAAGGGGAUUCCAUGUGUGAAUUGUUUCUCAAGUGGCAACCUCAUUCCUGGACCGCAGGGCCCACCUGGACCUCCAGGACCCCCAGGCAAUCCUGGAUUCCCUGGUUAUAAAGGAGACAGGGGAUCCCCAGGCAGCCCUGGUUUCAUGGGCCCACCAGGUGUACCAGGAGCGAAAGGUUUAUCUGGAGCACCAGGAGAGAAGGGUGACCCUGGUGAAGCAGUUUCAUUUGAUGGUAUGAAGGGAGAUAAGGGAGACACAGGAUUCCCUGGCCCUCCAGGUCUGCCUGGGCGGGAUGGAGCACCUGGUCGAGAUGGAUCUCCUGGAUUGCCUGGUCCCAAGGGUGCACCUGGUUCCUUAUUGCUUAAAGGUGAACGUGGCCCGGCUGGAGAGCCUGGCCCUUCAGGUUCUCCUGGAGACAGGGGGCUUCCUGGUCCCCCUGGAUUUGGCCCACAGGGACCUCCUGGAGAGAAAGGUUUCCAGGGCGUGUCAGGAAGGCAAGGACCUCCUGGACCUCCAGGUCAGAAAGGUGAAUCAGGUCUGACCCUCUCUCAGAAAGGAGAACCUGGACCUAGAGGAACUGAUGGAGAACCAGGUCUACCAGGAAAUCCAGGUGACCCUGGCCAACCUGGCUCCCCUGGUUUUCCAGGAUUAUCUGGCCAAAAAGGAGAACCUGGUCUCCCGGGUAUAGGUUUUCCAGGCCCACCAGGUCCUAAAGGAUUCCCAGGUAUUGCUGGAAGUCCAGGCAGCCCUGGCAGACCUGGACCUCCAGGUGUGGAUGGACAACCUGGUGUACCAGGACCGCGUGGACCUAAGGGCGAACCUGGUUUUGGUAUUCCUGGACCCCCUGGGCCCCCUGGUUUGACUGGCAGUAAGGGUUUUCCGGGGGCUAAAGGUGAUGCCGGAUUCCCUGGAAAUCCAGGUGCACCUGGCCGACCUGGUAUAGACGGUCGUCCAGGCCCUAAAGGUGAUUUUGGCCCUCCUGGUUCUCUGGGUGCACCUGGCCCUCAAGGCCCCCCUGCUUUUGGACUACCUGGACUGCCUGGACCAACAGGACCCCCUGGACCUAUGGGCAAUCCUGGUUCCCCUGGUUUGAAUGGUGAGAAAGGAGACCCUGGUUCCCCAGGACUUGAUAUUCCAGGCUUGCCUGGUGACCAAGGUAGGCCCGGAUUAACUGGACCUCCUGGUCCUCCUGGCCCUUCUGGGAUCCCUGGAAACCCUGGCCAAGAUGGACUACCUGGAUUACCAGGACAAAAGGGAGAAAUGGGUGUGAUGGGUGCUACAGGACCUGCUGGUAAUCCUGGCAGCCCGGGUGUUCCAGGAUUUCCUGGACCAAAAGGUGAUAAUGGUCAGUCAGGAGUGCCAGGAACCCAAGGAAGUCCAGGAUUAAAGGGAAAUAAAGGUGACCAAGGUCUAAGAGGCCCAGCUGGUUUCACCCAACCUGGUGGCUCAGAAAAAGGAGCUAAAGGAGACCCAGGAUCUCAAGGAUUUAGUGGUGCUCCAGGAGCGAAAGGUAUUCCUGGCCUUCCAGGAGACCCAGGUAUUCCUGGACAGGAUGGGCGUCCUGGGACACCUGGACCCCCAGGUCCCAAGGGAGAUCCCGGACUUCCAGGAACAUCAGGUCUCCCUGGUUCUCAAGGGCCAAAGGGUAGCAUGGGCGAGAUGGGAUUGCCUGGCCCUUCUGGAAUUAAAGGAAUCCCAGGUCAACCUGGGCGACCUGGACAGCCUGGCUCUCCAGGAACACCAGGAUUUCCAGGACAGAAAGGAGACCCUGGAACACCAGGAUUUGGGCAACCAGGAGCUCCAGGAGCCAAGGGUGAACCUGGGUCUUCUGGUGCUCCUGGAACUACAGGGCCAAAAGGUCAACAGGGGCCCCCAGGAAGUUCAGGAUUGCCUGGGAACCCUGGUCCAAAGGGUGAUCCAGGCCUCCCAGGAUUCCAAGGUGCACCUGGUGCUAUUGGCCCUAAGGGUCUGGAUGGAGUCCCUGGCCCCCCUGGUCUAGCAGGAUCACCUGGAAGGCCCGGAACCCCUGGUCCAUCUGGUCUGCCAGGUGUACCUGGAGACAAGGGUCAAGCUGGUCGUGAUGGUAUUCCUGGAUCAGCAGGAUUGAAAGGAGAACCAGGUGUACCAGGUUAUGGGAUCCCAGGUUCUUCAGGCAUUCCUGGGAUGCCAGGUCAAAAAGGUGACCCUGGUCCCCCUGGCCAGCCUGGCAGCCCUGGCUACCCUGGAACAAAGGGUGAUAUAGGAUCCCCUGGUGCAACAGGUGGCCCUGGUCUCCAAGGGCCCCCUGGUCCUCGGGGUCAGUCAAUUCCAGGGCAAAAAGGCAUCCAGGGUCCUCCUGGCCCACCAGGAAGAGUAGGCCCUGAAGGUCCUCCAGGUCCUCCUGGCCCAGAGGGUACCCGUGGACCACCAGGUUCUGGAGGAGUGAAGGGUGAGAAAGGCUACCCUGGAAACCCCGGAUUGCCUGGUACACCUGGACAGAAAGGAAACACCGGACCACCAGGUUUGAUGGGCCCUCCUGGAGCUCCUGGAAGUGUUGGGUUUAAAGGAGAUGUCGGCCUUCCGGGCGUUACAGGAUUUCCAGGACCUAAGGGACAUCCUGGUAGUGCUGGGGGUCCUGGCCUGCCUGGGGAUCCUGGUGAACCUGGUCAUCCAGGUAUUCCUGGUAAUCCAGGUCAAGCGCCAGCCCCUAUUGUGUUAAAAGGUGAAAAGGGUCUCCCUGGUCCUCCGGGACCUCCAGGAUCCCGAGGGCUCCCAGGAGAGGCAGGACGGGAGGGGGCUCAGGGUCAGUCUGGUAGUCCUGGUGAUCCAGGCCCUGAUGGACCUCCAGGAUUCAAUGGUCCACCUGGAGCGAAAGGAGAUUCGGGACCAUCUGGACAGCCGGGUCAACGGGGUUCACCUGGCCCACCUGGUCCAGAUGGGAUUCCAGGUCCUCCAGGACCUCCAGGUCUUUCAUCAGCAGCUCAUGGCUUCCUGAUUACGCGUCACAGUCAGACGACAGAUGUGCCUCAAUGCCCACCUGGCACCUCUAUCAUUUACGAUGGCUAUUCUCUGCUUUACGUACAAGGCAAUGAGAGGGCACAUGGCCAGGACCUGGGUACGGCUGGAAGUUGUCUACGUCGUUUCAGCACCAUGCCUUUCAUGUUCUGCAACAUCAACAACGUGUGCAACUUCGCUUCCCGGAAUGACUACUCCUAUUGGUUGUCUACUCCUGAACCCAUGCCCAUGAGCAUGGCUCCUAUCCAAGGAGAAAACAUUAAACCCUACAUCAGCAGAUGUGCUGUAUGUGAAGCCCCAGCUAUGGUUAUAGCAGUGCACAGUCAGACCAUCGGACUGCCAACAUGUCCGCAGUUCUGGGAGCCACUGUGGAUCGGCUAUUCCUUCAUGAUGCACACUAGUGCAGGUGCUGAGGGCUCCGGUCAGGCUUUGGCCUCGCCUGGCUCCUGUCUGGAGGAGUUUCGCUCAUCUCCUUUCAUCGAGUGUCAUGGUCGUGGAACCUGCAACUAUUAUGGCAACUCUUACAGCUUCUGGCUGGCCACAGUCGAACAGUCUGAAAUGUUCAGGAAGCCACAGUCUGAGACGCUGAAAGCAGGCAAUCUCCAGACCCGCGUAAGCCGCUGUAUUGUGUGUAUGAAGAGAACGUUAACAUAGCAAAGCAGCAAUGACCCAGCAUGUCCCCAAAUCAGGGGCGAUCACCACGGCGACUGCAACAGUUACAUCAAGAACAAGUGAAAUUCUAGUGGUGCAUUAUCUUCAAGUUCAGCUCUUUGGUGCUACUGUGCAACACAGCAAAAAACUGAAAAUUAUAUUAGUCAUUACGUUUCUUUUUUUUUUUUUCUUUUCUUUUUUUUUUUAAAGAAGUACCUCAUACAGAGACAAAUCCAACAAAAGUGCCAUGAUGGAUCAAUGUCAUAAAAGUGCAUUUUCUCCCUGCUUUUUUCCCCUGCAUUCUUUAAAAUAUUUGUUCUUCAUAGAGUUUUGGUUGGUAAGCAAGCAACACAGUUUCAGAGAGACGUGUUACCAAAUCGGCACUUUGAACAUCGAUGAAAAAAAAAAUGCACUGAAUAUUUACAUUAGUAAGACUGCAUUUUUUAUGCUUUUUUUUUCUCUUCUCUCACUUUUUUCUAUUCUAGCUUUUCUAUCGCUCUUUCUUUUCUCCCACUUCUUGGUGGUAUUAACACUGCUGUAUCCAAGAAUUUAUAACUACUAGCCUUUUCUUUUUUUGUAAGUAAUAAAAUGUGUAUAUUGUGUAAAACACCUUUUUAAUCUAAAACCUUUAAAUGGUACAUAAUAAUGAUUUUUUUUUUUUUCUGACCUGAUAAUUUAACUCUUUGGCACAUGUUCAUUCACUCACUCCAUCACUCACUCGUUCAUAUGCUCUCACUUUUCACUUACAAUAUUUGUACAAAGUAAACAUUUUAAUGAAACAGUAUUUUAUAUAAAUAUGAAUAUAAAGAGAUAUAUAGACAACUAAGCUUGAAUUGGCUGUGUAUUUUAUAAUACAGUUUCAUUUCCUCAUCAUCAGUUACAAACUACUGACUAAGAGUGGAUUUUUUUUUUUUUUUUUUGUGAUUUUUGGGAUCAUCCUUCAUCCCCUACACUAGGCAUCUACUGACGUACAUAUCAGAUGAAUCUGGUCAUUCAUUCACUUACCUUCUCUAGCUGCUACUGUAUAUGAUAGCCAGUGUCAAAGUCUUGGGAAACACUAGGUGUGAGGCUGGAAUAAGUCCUGGAUGGGUCUUUAUAGUUUUGCAUUUCCUGUGGUCAGUAGAUUUAUUUUUUAAUUACAUUCACUUCACCAUUAAUUAUUGAAAUCAUAAUAUCAGAAUAUUAGUAUUUGUUCUCCACUUAUACUACACACUAGUUUAUAGUUCAUUAUACUGUACAUGCACCAGCAUUCAAGAGCCAUUUAUUCCGUUUCUUUUAAACUGAAUUUAUCCUGAGGUGCAAGUAUGUGUAUUUUUUUCUAUCCCAAAAUAAAUAAGACUGAAACAAAAAACAAACAUGUUCACAGAUAUCUGUAGGUACAUUCAACAAAUCUAUGCCAGCAGGUUUAUGCAGUAUUCAGUGUGCCUUUAUUAUUAUUUUUUUAAAAUCUGAAGUAUGCAACGAGCAUGGCCAAUAAAGUUUUUAUGUAUUGUAAGUGUUCGUUGCCAGUGUUGCAUGUUGACUUGAAACUUUCUUAUACAUGUACUGUAUAUUGUUGACAGAAAUGUAUUUACAAUUAUGAGCCACUAGAGGGAGCAGCGCAGUAAAGGCUUUAGUCUGCCGUCGCGCGCUUCACUUUUGACCUUUAUUCUGAUUUUAAGGCUUUGCAAAUACACUUUUGUGACUAACACAG